UUUUCUUUUUGAAGAGAAAUUAAUCUUUGGCAAAAUGCAAGUGUUUCACACUUCUCAUUCCCAUGUAUAUUAUUCACAUAGAGCGGCGAAUAGAUUGCAUGCUCCCAUAAAUAUCCGCGGUGCAAUGCAUCCGUAUUGCGCCGUAGACAAUAACUGCAAAUGUCAGUCUCACCAUUAGCAUUGAUCACGCUCAAUCGCAGCGGGGUAACCGUACCACCUUCAAUCGCUCGUUGUAGGUACGAAUUUUCAGAACGUGAUACAGAGGAUAAAGUCGUACGACCGCGCAACACUUUGUGAAACAUUUACAAACGCGUAGCAGCAACUUAACCAGAAAAGAUCACAUUUAAAAGUUGAUUUUCCGACUUCUUUUAUGGACUUACUGUGUUUGAUCUCUACUAAUCUGCAACAUAUUUAAAGUGCCUCUUUAACUUGCUAUCAAUGCACCUUAAUAAAGCGACACAAAAUGACAAAAAACAUUUCUUUUGAAAAGCAUUUUUUUGCACGGAUGUGCUCUCAUGAUAUUUCGUAAUUGUUGUAAACCAGAAACUGUGAUAUUCACAAGGAAUUAGAGUACGUCUAGAGAAUUUGAGUUCACGUCUCUUUCAAUGUACUCGUUAAAGGUCGACUACGCGAUUUCGGUUGACUUUAUCGAUAAUAUAUCGCAUUGAGAAGCGCAUUAAUUCCUGAGAGCGCGGCUCUUUCCCAACCAAUUCUCGGCAAACGUGCGUCGAUUUACCUUGCACAAUACAUAAAUUGCAACCUAGAACUUCAUCAUAUUACGACUUGCUGCAUAGCGGUAAACAUUAUAUCGGGUAAACAUUAUAUCGUGUUUCAAAUAUACUCAUAAAAUAAUUUUUCUUUCCGUUAAAACAUAACUAACGCGAGGCACGCGAGGGGAAAUUAAUUUCAGUCGAAAGAUCAAACUCGAAAAGAUUAUAAAAGAAUUUUCAGUUCUUAAUCUCAUUGCGCCAAGCAACUUCACAUGACUUCAACUUUUGUUGCGAUUUAUAUUGAAUAUAACGAUUAAAUUUUAUUUAUUAUUGAAAUGUGUGUGUGAAAUAUGUGAGUCGUCACAAAUUGCAUAUGAAAUAUUAUUUGCAUUUUGUGGUAUAUGGCACGUAUUAGUAUGUUUAUGAUUAUACAUAAUGCCUGUACUGUAGUCUUAUGGACGCAUAUGCACACUCUCAUAAUGAGCGCAGUUAGAAUUAGCAUUGAUUAAUAUAUAAUUUAUUUCGACGUUGGCUGAAACUCUCCGCAUAAUUAUGUAUAACAUUGCUGAAUAUGUAAGAUUAUACACAUUAUAUUUGCAGAUGGUACUCUGGAAAGAAUCUACUUUGAAAUCUACAAUUAAAUAAUCACAUUAUUUGAAUUGCUCGUGACCGUAAUAUUACGUUUAUUUUUUUAAAUUAAGCCCGUACAACUAAAAAGUGAAAUUAGCUAUUCUAUCUAGUUCUAAGAUUUUUAAGUUAUACUCAAAUCUCUGAAUUAGUUCCGUCGAUCUAGUUACGCAAAAAUAAUUUUUACUUAAGUGGCACUAACCAAAAUAUUAAGUUGCUUAAAUACAAAAAAAAUUGACAAAAUUUUUGUCAGAGUAGGUAUAUGCAUGACACAUGUAUCUAAAAUUAAUUCCUCUUACAUUUUAACAUGUCUUUGGAUUUCUAUUAGUGAUCUUUAAUACAUUUAUUCUGCUAUACUUGUAUGUAAUUUUUUAUUUACCCUAUAUGUACUAUAAGAAAUUUUUAACGAAAUUACAGAACUCCCUCUAUAAUUCGUAAUCUCCGGGGUUAAGGCUCGAUUACCCUUUUACUGAAUGGCUCAAUCGCGCGAUUGACCUAUCCUGCUACGUGGUCACGCAAUUGAGAUUUGAUCUCAAUCUAAGCAAAUUCUUUAAAAAAGUUUAUUACUUUCAAUUCGAUAAAAACAAAAUUAGUAAUUUGUUUUUUGAAAAUUAGUUUUCUUUCAUAAAACAAUUAAAAUAAUUUUUAUAAUUUGUUACACAAAAUGCAACAUGUAUUUAUAUGUUUUAUUGCAUUAUACAAUCCAAAUAAGUUCAAUAAAAUCGUAACUGUAUGUAAGUAACAUAUCGAACAUAUUUGUAUUUGUAUUUUUAAUUACAAAAAAAUUGCUUGAAUUUAUCUUAUGACGAUCUAUGAAUUUUUUUAAAGCAGUAUAAAACGAAGGGCUUCAAACAAUUUGUUUAUUAAAAUAUGUGAUACGUGAUAUCUCUCGAAAACUAACUUUCAUCACUAUUUUUCUUCCACGCAUAGGGAUGAAAAUCGGCAGACGGCAAACUUUACGCAAGAGAGAAAUAUUUUUUGAAAUCCUGUGCACCGAAUAAACUUAUUUUAACUUUUUCCCAGGAUUUCGUCCGUGGAAGUCAUUCGAUGAGCCAAAAGUGGGUGUGUUAAACACUGAUCUUACACAAUGCACGAGAUUCCACGAUACAAAGAACGAUUUGAAAGGAUAAACUAUCGUAUGGGUAACAGUUGCACAUACAAGUGAUCAACACGUGCAGUUAUGGUAAAAAAUAUGAAAACUUACUAAGAUUACAUAUUUGUUUAUACAUUUGUUAUCUACUUUUUUGCAUAUUAAAAAGGAGAAAGAUUUUUUUUAAUAUGAAAGUCACACUGCAGAAGAAAAACAUGGCAGAUUUGUAUCUCAACGGUGUAUAGGUACAUUUUUAAAAUAAAACAUUAAAAUGAAGAGAUAUGAUGUUGCUUUUGUAAAAGUAAAGAAAUAUUUUUAAGAAUAAAUUUGUAUGGACUUCAAAAAAGACAAUAGAAAAAAAUUAAUUGGACUUGCACUUCAAACUAAAAUAUUACUUAAAACGAAAGAAAUGUUAGAUGCUGUUUCAGAUUGUUUAAAUUUCAAGAAAUCUCUGUAUGUGUGUGCGUGUGUGUGUGUAUAAUUUAAAAAAUUUACAUAUGUAAAACAAUUUAAAAAAUAUUCUUGUCGUAGGCAAAAGAGAGAGCUGAAAAAUCUGAUAUGCAUAUUUCAUAAAUUCUAAAUCUUGAAAUAUUGCAAGAUAAUUGAACGGUGCUUUCACGAUUGCGUUUAACGCUAGUCAGCAAAUCUAGUACGUUCAGAUCAGACAAAGGAGGUGGUUUCGGAAAUUUCUAAGCCGAUAGUUAAGCGAAGGUCAUGUAAGGGGUCCAUGUCCAAAGGUGGGUGGGUGUGUCGGAUGGUGACCUUCUUACACAAUGAACGAGAGGCUAACAUCGUCAACGGAUAUGAUUUGAUGAAGGGAUCAGCAGGGGCGCGGUUGGAGAUCCUAGAAGACGUAUAUAAAGUCCGCCGAAGUCGGCCGCAGGCACAUUCAAGCAAUCGCCGGUCGGCACGAUGAAGACCCUCUUCGUUUCGUUUGCCUUGUGCGCCAUUGUUGCUGCGGCACCUCGUGAGCGACGAGAAGCCAUCUUGGGCGGUCAUGGAUAUUACGGUGCUGGCCAUGGAGCUUACGGUGCUCACGGAGGUUACGGAGGUUACGGGGGUGUAGGCUAUGGCGGACAUGGAGUGGCUGUGACUGGACCAUUCCUUGGAGCGGCGAGUGUCGUAGGUCCACACGUAGGUGCCACCGCUGUUUCCGCUCCAGCGAUAGGUCCUGCUCGUUUGUCUGGAUCGAUCGCUGGUCCUGCUCACGUGUCGGGCGCCGUUGCUGGGCCAGCUGUUGUAACCGCGUCGGUCGCUGGUCCAGCGCACGUGGAAGGCUACGGUGGUCCGUAUGAUGGUGCCUAUGAUGGCUACAAUGGCUAUGCCGGUGGUUAUGGCGGUAAUUAUGUAGGAGGAUACGGAUACGCGGCUGGUCCUGCUUACGGUCAUGCAGGAUACGCCGGCGGCCACGGAGGGCACGGAGUAGUUGUUGCCGGACCGGCCACCCACGGCGCGGUUCUGGCUGGACCUCAUUCCGGAAGCGCGGCUGUUUCUGGACCGCAUGCCGGUUCGGUGGUGAUCGCCGGUCCCUCCGGAAAGAUCACGGCCCACGGAAGCGGUUAUGGCGCCGCCAUUCAUGCCGGCCACGGCCACGGUCACUGGUAACGCGCUUACAACUAUCUGCGAGACGCCAAAAAAAAAAAAAAAAGAAAAAAUCUCUCUCUGAAUCGUCGACGGGUCGAAAGUAUUUUCCUUCCCCCCUUCCUCCUCCCCGCGAGUUUUCAAGAGAAAGAUUGCAGUAUUAUGGAGAUAUAAAAUUGCUAUAACACGACGGCGCUCUUCGCGCUUGGUGCUUUCAAUGCUUUGAUGGCGCGCGUAUGGAUACUUACCUCUCUUUUCUGUACGAAUGGAAUAAAUUCACUCUUCUUUAUAAAAGAAGAUAUUUGUGUAACAUAAAAAAAUAACUCAGAAAGCAUUAUUUAUGUAUGUAUAUUUGUAAUGUACCGCCUGGUGUAUCUCAUCAAUUUUGAUCUCUCACAUUUGUCAAAUUCACACGUAUCUUACUGUACAUGACGUUUUGCUUUUGUAUUAUAUAUCCUUGAAUCUAACAAACUUUAUAAAUGCGAUUAUUCACAGAUUAAACCGGUACAAUUAUAAAAGGCAUUGCUUUAAUUAAUUUCUCUGAAAUUCACCAAUGAAAAGUCAUGCAGAAGUCUAUGUUAAGCUUAGGCAAUUAUCCCACGAGAAUUACCGUAGCUAUCUGAUUAACUAAUCCAACCUUCUCUUCUAUCAGCAAAGCACAAAUUAUCUCUGAUGCAAGCAACGGAUGAUACGGCACGAUUAUAUCUGACAAAUUAGUCUUGAAUAAUCGUUUGCCAUUUGAGCAAACCAUGACCAUUUUACACGCGAAAAUAUAAGGUAAUGCUUUGUAAAUUAACAUUGUCAAACAUACACAUUUAUAUUUUAUAUAUAAUAAAUUAAAAUAUAAUUUAUUAAUUGCAUUAACAAGUAGGAUCGCGCGCAGAAUUUUUAAUAUUUGAUUUUGCUACUAAUUCAGUUUUAGCAUGUUCUAAUUUACCUUAGCAAUAACAAAUAAGCUUUCUAGUUCGUUUAAUUAAUUGGAAUCUGGGUAGAAAUUCAGCUUUGCUGUUUUUUGCUAACAGUUUAUGUUACUUUUUCGUCCAACGUUAUUCAUUUAAUCUGAAAUUCUUCGUCACGCUACCCUCUCUGCACUUGCCACUUCGUUAUCCAGCCUGUUUCGUCAUGAUUUUCGAGAGCGCAAAAUAUGGAAGUAGCGACAUACAGCAGCCGUUCAUUACGCUGAUUAGAAUGGUUGCACGUUUCGUACCGUUCAACUAGAUCGUUAUAUCGACGGCGUCAAUUCAUAUCGCUCGGUAAUAGAUCACUCGUGGUGCCCGUCGAGCACGAUCGCUAAACGCAAAGAGCGCGCAGUUGAUGAAAAUGACACAGAUCCGGCAUAAACGCGUGCUUUAAUGCAACGCGUAAUGAUCGUUACCGUAAAGGGUAAGGUCAUCGCGAGCGUGACUCGACAAGCGGACCUGUGGUCUGUCACUCAUAAGCUGAACAUGAAAAGUCAUGGCCAAAGGAAAACUACAUGAAGCGAUGGUAUGUAAAACAUUGAUAUAAAUUCGAUUAUAAUAUUCUAUUACAUACCGGAGAUAAUUUCAUUAGUAUCGAUAAUUCAGUAUUUAUUUAACGGUAUUAUAUUGAUUUACGAUAUAUUAUACAUUGAGAUUAUACAUUAUGUAUUUUAAUAUAUAUUACAACAACCCAUUUGAAUCUAUAUCAAUGUUAAAAUAAUUCCAGCGAUUAUUGGCGAUUGGUGAUUGCGUAUUAGAAGAAAAUAAAUAAUUUCAACGUGGCCCGUCCAUAAUUUUUUGGGGUGCGCUAGCGAAUAAAAGCCGCGUAAUGAAUCACGAACGAAAGUAUUACCAAGAAGAAGAUACCCGACAUAAAUUUAAGUAUUGGCGCGUCUAGCGAGCAAUUUAUACAGGAUUUGCACAAAUCCGAGUAUGAAACGCGAUUUACGGUACCUAUUACGCGCGCGUAAUUUAUCGUGCGAUUUACAAUCGCCGGAUCGUCACGUGGAUAUUUAAUCUCGGAUUUGCGUGUGUCCCCGCCUUUGUCCUCCCUCUUUUUCCCCACAACAAAUUGCUAUCGGAAAAUGAUAUACCCCGUGCUUUGUUCGCGCGCGACGCGACCACUCACGGAUGGAAUAUCGAGCGACGCUCGAGCGUGUGGCCUUCGCCUUAUGGGAAGAUCGUGGCCCGAGAGAGAGAAAGAGCCGCGUCCCUCGGCUGAGAUAGCGGCGACGCCGGGGGUAUUACGUAAUCCCGCGCGUUUCAUCAUCGCGAUGGUAGCUGCAUUGUGAGAAUGCACCGAACCCUCGCAAAUUCCGAAAGGUCACCCACUUGUGAUCGGCCGCCCAACGCCUGCGAGCGAACAGAGUAAGAAGAAAUGGGUCAUCAGCGAGCAACAGGCCGCCGAGGAGGGCCGGCCGCUAUCUGCGAUUUCACGACGACGGACACGCGAAUAAAGCGCACUGUGCAAGGACGUUAAUUGCUAUGCGUCGACAAUGGUGGGCGAUAAUCGAUCGUGAAUUGGCAGGCGUCCGUAACGAUCGCAGGCGGCACAAGUUGACGGGCGAUUGCAACCGUGGGAAGAUAUUGUUCCAAUUAGCGCUUGAGGGUCUCUAAGAUUUACUUAACGACGUUAUGCAGCAAGCAAAAUUGUAUUAUUAAAGAAUGAUAAAAAUAUAUAUAAUUCUCA